CGCCCUCAGAUAAGCUAGAGUAUAGUCAGGUGUUGACGGAGACUGUUGUUGUCCAUCUUGUUGUUCAGCAGCUCCUUUUCAGUCACCAUGCAGCUUCGGCAACAGAUGAAGGCGGCCGCCGGCCGCCGCUCGGCCGCCCGCCCAGCUGUCGCCAGGGUCCCUACCGUCCGUGUUCAGGCCACCGUUGCCAUGCCAGCUCCGUCUGCGGCUGCUGUCCAGCCACACGGGCGCGUUUUCAACUUUUCGGCUGGGCCUGCCGUCCUGCCGGUUGAUGUGCUCGAGCGCGCUCAGGCGGACCUGAUCAACUGGCAGGGCAGCGGUAUGAGCAUUAUGGAGAUGAGCCACCGUGGCAAGGAGUUCGAGAGCGUAAUUAAGAAGGCGGAGGCCGACCUGCGCACCCUGCUGAACAUCCCGUCCAACUACAAGGUGCUCUUCCUCCAGGGCGGAGCCAGCACGCAGUUCUCCAUGAUCCCGCUCAACCUGGCGAAGGCUGGUGAGACGGUUGACUACGUUAUCACUGGCGCCUGGUCCAAGAAGGCUGCUGAGGAGGCGAAGAAGUACUGCAAUGUCAACAUCGCUGCUAAGGGCGACAACAAGUCCCUCCCUCCCGCCUCCGCCUGGAAGCUCAGCCCCGAUUCCCGCUACGUCCACUACUGCGACAACGAGACCAUCGGUGGGGUUGAGUACAAGGCCACGCCCGAGGUCGGUGACCGCGUGCUGGUCAGCGACAUGUCGUCCAACUUCAUCUCUAAGCCGAUUGACGUCUCCAAGUACGGUAUCAUCUACGCCGGCGCCCAGAAGAACGUUGGUCCCUCUGGUGUGACCAUCGUGAUCAUUCGUGAGGACCUGAUUGGCCACGCGCGCCCUGAGGCGCCCACCAUGCUUGACUACAAGAUCCAUGUCGAGAACGACUCCAUGUACAACACGCCCCCGUGCUGGUCCAUCUACAUCUGCGGCCUCGUGUUCGAGAAGCUGCUGAAGUUGGGCGGCCUGGAGGCGAUGCAGAAGCUCAACGAGGAGAAGGCGGCCGUCCUGUACGACGCCAUUGCUGCCUCCAACGGCUUCUACAACAGCCCCGUUGACCCGGCCGUGCGCUCGCUCAUGAACGUGCCCUUCACCAUCCCGUCGCAGCCAGACCUGGAGAAGGUCUUCAUUAAGGAGGCUGAGAAGGCCGGCAUGCUCCAACUCAAGGGCCACCGCUCGGUGGGUGGCAUGCGCGCCUCCAUCUACAACGCCAUGCCCAUUGAGGGUGUGCAGCAGCUGGCCUCCUUCAUGAAGGAGUUCGCUGCUAAGCACGCAAAGUAAGGGCGCUCGGCCCCUUAGCAACGGAACGCGGUUCCUCGCGGCUUGGAUGGGGAACGGGGCAGCGGCUGGAGUUGCGGCCGCUUCAGGAGCAUCAUUGCUGCCACGCUGCUUGCAUCAUGUGCGGCUCCUUUUAGCCAGCGGCUAUCCCAUCUCGAUUAAGCGAGCGUGGCGCAUCUGCUUGCUGCGUGUUUGAAUGACAUUUGACCG